AAGUAGUUGACAACUUUUAGAAGGCUCAAAACUAUCGAAGAACACUAGGACCAUGAUGACCAGGUUGACCACCUUGGGGUUUGCGUUGUUCGUCUGGCACUGUGAGCUACAGCUGACCAGGGCAGAUGUGUGUGACGUAAGGACCUGUGACGCUAAAUCAAACUGCUCCUGCAUCAGUAUGAAGCCGCCUGCAGGAUUGACGAUGGACACAAUGCCGCAGUUUGUGAUGCUUACUUUCGACGAUGCCAUCAACGAAGGGAACAUCCACUUCUACCGGGAGCUCCUAGGAUCGGGGAAGCGAAAGAACAAAGCGACGGGAUGCGACAUCGCAGCCACUUUCUUUGUAUCGGCAGAGUACUUGAAUUAUCAGUACGUCCACGAGUUGUACACUAGACGCAACGAGAUUGCGUCGCAUUCAAUCACGCACGUCCCAAACCAGCCCUACUGGCAGCGAUUGAACGCGUCGGGUUGGAAAGCCGAGAUCGUGGGCGAACGGGACAUGCUCCACCACUACGGCCGGAUCCCAGCGGGAGACGUCGUCGGCAUGAGAGCCCCGUUCUUGGAGACCGGAGGCGACGGAAGCCACGUCAUGCUGAGGGACAACGGCUUCCUGUAUGACGCGUCCAUCCCUUAUAGGAGGCCCAACCGCACCAGUCUGCCAAUCUACCCUUACACGUUGGACUACGGACUGCAGACCAAGUGCUCGAUCCCUCCUUGUCCCAAGGGGAAGUAUCCGGGGCUGUGGACAGUGCCCAUGAAUCUGCUCUUCGCCAAGAGGGACUUUCACGGGGCGCCCCUGGAAGAGCCCUGUUCCAUGGCGGACGCUUGCGUGCCGGUGCCAGACACAGCAUACGCUACGUUCAGCUUUUUGAAGUCGAAUUUCGACGACUUCUACAAUACCAACAAGGCCCCGUUUCCUCUUUUUCUGCACGAGGCCUGGCUCAGGAAUCCGGAACGAAAGGCAGGAUACCUCAGUUUCGUCGAUUGGCUUCUCACAAAGGAUGACGUCCUUGUGGUUACAAUCAAAGAGGUCAUCGAGUUUAUGCGAAACCCCAAGCCCCUAAAAGCCUACGUGUCGCCAGACUGCUCCGACAAGCAGCUCCCGACCUGCGUUCCUCACACCUGCGUCUACGACAAGACGAUCCUUGACGGACAGCGAAUCAUGCACUCCUGUACUGCAUGUCCUCCGAGCUAUCCUUGGCUCAACAAUACCCGAGGCUCACCAUCGAAAUCGACCACGACUACUUCAUGGCAAUAAAGGCGAUUCGAAAA